AAUGACAAACGAAGAGCCAAAAUCUCCCGAAAAGGUGGAACGCCGGCGGUCAACGCAGGAAGAUUCGGAAAAAGACAAGAAACGUUCGAGAGACGAUAGAAAAACCGAGAAAAGGACUCACGAUAGGGAUAGGAAGAGGAAUAGGAGCCGAUCGAGAUCUAGAUCAAGGUCCCCAAAGCGCUCGAGACGGGAUAAAAAAGAGGAAAAGCAAGAGCAAGAGGAAGAGGAUGGCGAGAUCCGCGAUACAACUCCACCGGCUCCGGAAAAGCCGCGCCAGCUCACCGCCAGAGAGCUCGAGAGGCAGCGAAUUAUUGAAGAGGAGCUUAAAAGCGGAAAGCACGAUGAGCACGACGACGAUCCGGUUUGGUCAAUGAAAAAGGCGCAAGCGGAGAAAAAAAGUCGAAUGUGCCCGUAUUUGGACACUAUUGAUAGAUCAGUUUUGGACUUUGAUUUCGAGAAACAGUGCUCCGUUUCACUUUCCCAUCAAAAUGUGUACGCCUGCAUGGUUUGCGGCAAAUAUUUUCAGGGCCGCGGUACAAACACCCACGCAUACACCCACGCACUGGAGACUGAUCAUCACGUUUUUCUGAAUCUACAAACACUAAAAUUCUACUGUCUUCCAGACAAUUAUGAAGUUAUUGAUCCAUCAUUGGAGGAUAUUAAAUAUGUGCUAAAGCCGACGUAUACCAAAGAAAUGAUUGCUUCAAUUGAUAAGCAGUCAAAAAUGGUCCGCGCCUACGACGAUUCGACCUACUUUCCGGGCGUUGUUGGACUCAACAAUAUCAAGGCAAACGACUACUGUAACGCUAUACUUCAGGCUCUGUCAGCGGUCCGUCCACUGCGUAAUUGGUUUCUAAAAGAAUCAAAUUACACUUCAAUCAAACGUCCACCAGGUGAUAAGCUCACAUUGCUCCCACAACGCUUUGGAGAGCUCAUCAGAAAGCUAUGGAAUCCACGUGCACUCCGUACACACGUCUCACCUCAUGAAAUGCUUCAGGCGGUCGUCGUGUGCUCCAACAAGAAAUUUCAAUUUAUUAAGCAAAAUGAUGCGGCGGAUUUUAUGCUUUUCCUGCUCACAACACUUCAUUCGGCUCUGAAUGGAACUGACAAGAAGCCGUCGAUCAUUUCAAAAACAUUCCGCGGUCGAAUGCGUCAAUAUUCACGUCGAGUAAUACCAGCUGAAGAUACAGACGAAGAGAAAUAUAUGAAACUUCGAAUGCCAGAAUAUCAGGAAAAAGUGAUUGAAUCACCAUUUUUGUACCUAACUCUGGAUCUUCCAUCGGCUCCACUCUAUCGUGAUGUUCAACUGCAGAACAUUAUUCCACAAGUACCACUGAGCACUUUAUUGGAGAAAUUUGAUGGAAAAACUGAGAAGGAAUACCCAACGUACAACGACAAUAAUAUCAUGAAACGCUUCGAAUUGCUACAACUACCCGAUUUUCUCAUAAUCACCUACAAAAGAUUCCAGAAAAAUCAGUGGUUCGUCGAAAAAAACCCGACUAUCGUCAAUUUUCCCAUUGCGAACGUUGAUUUUUACGAUUGCCUGGCUAAGGAUGCCCGUGCUAAUCAUAAAUACACUACGUAUGAUCUUGUGGCAAAUGUCGUACACGAAGGAACUUUUAAAGAUGGAAAUUAUCGAAUUCAGAUUGUUCAUGAGGGCUCCGGAAAAUGGUUUGAACUCGAGGAUUUGCACGUGAAGGACCUUUUGCCGCAGAUGAUUGUGCUCGCCGAGUCGUAUAUUCAAAUUUGGCGGCUUAACAAGGAGCAAACUAGAGACGAACGUGCCGAGGGAGAGCCCAUGCAGAAUUAGAGGAUUUUAAAUUUAUUUAUUGAUUUUUUCGUUAUUUUAUUUUAUGUUUUGGUGUUUUUUUUCUCUUUCUCUGGAUUUUUGAAAAUCCAUAAUUUGUGGAGCUGAUAAAUUGCGUUUUGUGCU